GCUCCUUGUGCAGAAGAAGAGAAUGGGUUCUAAGUUUAAUAUCGGCUCCUUAAGCAUAGUAAUGACUCUGCUUCUCUGCUUCUUAUUAUUAUCUUUAACUCCAAAACUUGAGGCCGAGCUCGCAAAGGUCGAACAUGCUCCAAACCCCGAUGGCUCAGUCAGUUUUCUGGUGAUUGGAGAUUGGGGUAGGCGUGGACUCUAUAACCAAUCCCAAGUUGCCCUCCAGAUGGGGAGAAUCGGGGAGGAGAUGGAUAUCGAUUUUGUGGUAUCGACGGGUGAUAACAUCUACGAUAACGGGAUGAAAAGCAUCGAUGAUCCCGCCUUUCAACUCUCCUUUAGUAAUAUCUACACUUCUCCUAGCCUGCAAAAGCCUUGGUACCUUGUAUUGGGGAAUCACGACUAUAGAGGAGAUGUUGAGGCACAAUUGAGUCCUAUCCUCAGAUCUAUGGACAGCCGUUGGAUUUGCAUGAGAUCCUUCAUCGUUGACGCUGAGAUCGCAGAGCUCUUCUUUGUCGACACAACUCCUUUUGUAGAUGCUUAUUUCCUCAAUCCACAAGACCAAACUUACGACUGGAGCGGCGUAUCACCGCGAGAAUCCUAUCUUCAGACCAUCUUAACGGAGUUGGAGAUGGGUCUAAGAGAAUCAAGAGCAAAAUGGAAAAUUGUGGUGGGUCACCAUGCUAUAAAGAGUGCUUCCAUUCAUGGGAAUACCAAAGAGCUUGAAUCUCUCCUCUUACCUAUCCUCGAGGCGAAUAAAGUCGAUCUCUAUAUGAAUGGUCAUGAUCAUUGCUUGCAACAUAUAAGCACAUCUCAAAGUCCAAUUCAGUUUCUAACGAGUGGUGGUGGGUCAAAGGCAUGGAGAGGCUAUUACAAUUGGACAACACCAGAGGAUAUGAAAUUUUUCUACGAUGGACAAGGAGUUUCGAUUUUGGGGAAGAGUCGUAGAGAUGUCUUUGCGAAAGCUUCGAUUAAAAUGGCGGAAUCGAAUUCGAUACCUUCCGUUGUUGUCAAUUCCUCUAAGCAGAAUGGUCCUAUCAUCGUGAUUGAUAAUUACGACAGCUUCACUUACAAUCUCUGCCAGGUUUCAUUUCGAACGCAAUCUCCAAUCUUCACUACGCUUGUUAGAUUUUUGAUGUGAAAUGUUUUUGAAUCUGUUUUGUGUAAAAGCAGCUGAAUUUGCAUUUUGUUAGAAGUGUUAUUCAAGUAUGUAUUGUGAUUGAUUGUUUGAAUCUCAUUAUUUCACAAUUCAAUCUAGUUUCGACAUGCUAAUAGAUAAGAAUAUGUAAUGUAGAUUCUCUCUUGUUAUGUGAUCAGAGACGUUAUGUCGCGCCAUAGAAUCUUAUUAUCGAAACAACCAUGGAUCAAAAUAAAUGAAUGUGUGCGCU